AUGGUGAACAAAGUACAAGCAGCCUACGUGGUGGCAGACGGCCUCUUUCUUCUGAUGGGCAUCUUCAUCAUCGGCUUCUCAGUAAUCGUCGGGAACAUCAGGGAUGAGAUUCCAGAAAACGGGAGGCAGGCGGCCAGAAAUCUUCUGUAUCAGAGGUUUCCCCUCACAGCGGGCAUCGUGAAUGCGGUCUUCAUUUUCCUCACAUUUAUGGUCACCCUACCGGGACUGGCGACGCAGUCUCGCGGGUGGCUCAAGCUGGGCGCUUACAUGACGACGUUUUGCGGGCUCUUCAGCAUGAUUCUUGGGUUGUUCCUAUGGAUCUUGACGCUGAAGACAAGAGAGGAUUUUGCGCCGCUUUAUUGGGCGCAACCGGCGAAUGUCCAGCAGCUUAUGCAGGCGGAGUUCAACUGCUGCGGUUACUUCAACAGCACCUCCCCCGCGUUCGUCACUGAUGCGACCUGUUCCAGCCCAGCGGCCGCGGCUCUCGUGCGCGGCUGUGCCACACCCAUCACCUCGUUCGCCAACAUCUUCCUCGACAACAUCUUCACCGCCAUGUUCGGCAUGGUCGGUAUCGACUUUGUGUUUGUCAUGGCGACCGCCUGCCUGCUCAAGGACCGCAAGGAGAGGGAGAGGUUCAGGCAUAUCGAUGAGAAGAGCGGGUAUGGGAGGAUUUGA